GUGAUCUUCGUUUCUGACCACGAUGAGUGUGUCCAGCGUGCUCUCCAACAGCACCCUCGCCCACGCCAAUCCGCUGCAGUUCUGGGGCCCUGUCACCGCGACCCUCGACUGGUGCGAGGCGAACUACCAGUUCUCCAAUUACAUCGCCGAGGCUGCGAACACAUUCUCAAACCUAUUUACAGUCUCGCUCGCUCUCUUGGGUGCGUACCAGGCGUAUGCACAGUCUCUGCCUCCGCGGUUCUUUGUUGGCCAGGUGGGCUUUGCACUCGUCGGAGUGGGCAGCUUCAUUUUCCAUGCUACUCUCCUGUACGAGGCGCAGCUCGCCGACGAGCUGCCGAUGAUCUACGUCGCGUCCUACUGCUUUGCCGUCCUCUUCGACACCACGCGCGGCUUCACCCCCCGCGAUCCGCUCGUUGUCCCCCUCGCCGUCGGCGUCAUGACCUUCAACGUGCUCUUCACCUGGUCCUAUUACAUUAACCGGAACCCGGUCUACCACCAGGUUGUCUUUGCGGGGCUGCUCGCCAUCACGGGCCUGCGUACCGUCUACCUCCUGCGCAACCCAGAGAUCGCGAAGCGGGUCCCACCGCCCGUGAAGGCUGCCAUCACACGUCUCUUCGGCGGCGGCGCCGCGACGUUCGCGUUCGGCUUCUUCAUCUGGAACCUCGACAACAUCUUCUGCGACACCAUCACCCGCUGGAAACACGCGCUGGGCUGGCCCGCUGCGUUCGUAUUGGAAGGCCACUCGUGGUGGCACAUACUGACGGCUACCGGCACCUACCUCAUGCUCGUAGGAAACACAUGUAAGACGCUAUGCAUCAAGGACGACCACCGCAACUUCAGCAUCUACUCCAAGCUCGGGGUGCCAUACCUCCAGCGCGUCGCGGGUGCGAAGGUGAAGACCCAGUGAACGCUAGGUUUCAAGCUGUGCUUCCGUUCUCCUAUCCGAACUCGAACACUGAUAGCAGUCUGAACGUCACGUCCAUCACGACCUCACGACCCUCGCAUGCUCCCCAUAGAUGUCUACUCAUUGCUAUGCAUAUUGUCCAAUAGUGUCCCGUAGUACUACGUCUCACUAAUCGCAAUGCACCGCUCUCCCAAUGAUCGGAUUUUACUGGCCCGAUAAUGUUCAGUUAUUCAGUCUGGGAUCUCCCAUGGAUGUGUCGUUUGUCGUCAAUGCUCAUCAUUCUAUCACAGGUGUUGUAGAUAUACAUAUCCCUAGGUUCCUACAGUAUCGUCCGCGCCAAGCGACAACUCUUUGCCGCCAUUCUCUACCCCAUCUGUUGUGCACGCUUCGCCAUCUACGAACACCGUGUCAAUCUGAAUUUGCGUUUGUCUGAAAGCCACUUACCACAGCAGCCAAGUCCAGCUGUC